GGGGGGUAGUGCUGGCAACCAACAAAAACACGCAAGUAAUCAACACCAAAAUGACCGGUUCGUCUUCUCAAUUCCAACAGUUGGAGAAAUUAGGUGAAGGUACCUAUGCUACCGUUUACAAAGGCAGAAACCGUGCCACAGGAGCCUUGGUGGCUCUUAAAGAAAUCAACUUGGAUUCAGAAGAAGGUACACCUUCUACUGCCAUCAGGGAGAUUUCUUUGAUGAAGGAGCUCGACCAUGAAAACAUUGUCACCCUUUAUGAUGUUAUCCACACCGAAAAUAAAUUGACCCUUGUGUUUGAAUACAUGGACAAAGAUUUGAAAAAGUAUAUGGAAGUACAUGGAACCCAAGGCGCCUUGGACUUGAAAGUCGUCAAAUCAUUUAUGUUUCAAUUAUUAAAAGGGAUCAUGUUCUGUCAUGAUAAUCGCGUCUUGCAUCGUGACUUAAAGCCUCAAAACUUGUUGAUUAACAGUAAGGGAGAGUUGAAAUUAGGUGAUUUUGGAUUAGCCCGUGCGUUUGGGAUCCCAUUCAACACUUUUUCCAAUGAGGUUGUUACGUUAUGGUAUAGGGCUCCUGAUGUGUUGUUAGGUUCUCGUGCAUACACUACAUCUAUUGAUAUUUGGUCUGCAGGUUGUAUAUUUGCAGAAAUGUGCACUGGUAAACCAUUAUUCCCAGGAACAGCCAAUGAAGAUCAAUUAAUCAAAAUCUUUAGAUUGAUGGGUACUCCUAAUGAAAGAACUUGGCCAGGUAUUAGUCAAUAUGCCAACUAUAAGAACAAUUGGCAAAUCUUUGUUCCUCAAGACUUGAGAUUAAUCGUCCCAAAUCUUGAUUCUUUGGGAUUGAACUUGUUGCAAAGUUUAUUGCAAAUGAGACCAGAAGCUAGAAUCACCGCUAGACAAGCUUUACAGCAUCCUUGGUUCCAUGAGAUUACAAACCCUGCCCCUGUCAUGCACCAAUUGAGCGAUCCUUACCAACAAGAACACCAUUACCAACAACAAGCACAGCCAAUCAUUGAUCACCAAUACUAGACAAGCAUUCUGCGCUAUAGAGAUUACGAAAGUCAUUUCAUUCAUUAGCUAACUAAGUUCUAUGAAAAUUAUGCAAGAUGUCGUACUCAGGGUUCGGUUCAAAUGUCAGGAGUACUUGAGUCAAUUGAAUAUUUCGAAGUUUUAUGGCUUCUGUCCAGAAUGGACGACUGUCGACGUUGGUAUGUCGGGUAAAGUAAAAUGCAAGUAGUAAGAAACAUCCUUUAGAAAGAUCUUGGACUAUGGUGUCACCAUCCACAUUGUCUCCAUAUAUAGAAUAAUCUAUUUUUGUAUAAGAAUCAAAUAAACGAAACAUGUCAAUGAUUACAUCUCCAAAACAAGGGCCCGUAGUUUGUGUAUGCAGUAAUAAUUGUGGUAUAAUUGACCCAACGGGUAAUUCUCGAUAGGGGAAGUUGUGAAUGUGAUCUGGUUGGAGGUGCCUGAAUGUUUUAGAUAAUAUAACGUCAACCGGUCCUAGAGAAUCUGGAUGUAAAAGCAAUAAUCUCUGCACUAGUUGAAAUUUCUGUAUUGAGUUUAUUCCAUUACCAAGUAUAGUUGCUGGAAUUCUGAACAUAGAAGGAGGGUCAACUGGUGCAACCAAAAAGCCAUCAUCAAAUAUAAAGCUAAACUGAUACGGUAUUUCUUUGACGGGGAGUUUUUCAUCAUCAUAAUAGGAAAGUCUGGGAUUGUCAAUAUUUUCUUCACUCCGAUUGUUAACAUUCCACUCAUCAACUAAUUUGACUAUUUCUUCCAUACUUGCAUUGUAAUCAAUAGUUGUACUGUCUGCGUCAUUAGCAAGCUGGGCUGAAUCCAUGGCCAUUUCGGCAAAUUUAAAUCGUACUACUCGAAGUCUAAGUUUUUGCAUAAACAACACUUCUGCUCGUGUCAUGAACUUACAAACCAGUUCUUCGGAUGCACCAACUAAAUAUUUGCUGGUAAAAAAAUCUAGCAACCUAUUUGAGAUGAAGUUAUUACUAAGCACCUUAUCGAGAAGAACCCAGGCGUUCUUAGUAUAUUCCAAACAUAUCCUUCUCAAUAUAUCAUGGUUACGCACUAGCCGUUUAUAGUUGAUGUUUUGAGGACAUCUUGUCUUGUAAUAGCUUAUCACACGCGUAUAAUACUCCAUUUUCUUUGUAAUGACAUCGAAAUCCAACCGUUCAUUCAAAUUAAACGCAUAGAAUUUCCUCACCAUAUCCAAUACUAACGAAAGGUUGUCCCAGUAUCCUUCACUAACGUACUCUUUAUCGAACUUCAACAUCCGCCGGAGCAGUUUGUUCAUGAGGGGGAUAUUAUUGCCUGGGCCAGCUUCUAUGAAAAUCCUGCGGAUGAUACAAUUAGGCAAGUCAACAAAUGUUAAAUGAUUAGUUAUUGAUUUAUGCCGGUAUUCAACUUCAGAAGUGGAUGCCGAAGUGGUUAUACUGGUGGACUGACG